CGUUAUGUGGGGAAAGUUGAAGGGUCCUUGUCUUUUAACCUGCUGAGCACAUGAGCCCUGUGCUGGUCAGAGCUUCCCCCCUGGACUAACCUGUUGUAACAGCAAGGUCCAGUUUUGACCCUGCCAAGAUGGCACCCAAAAAGAAACCCCCCAAGAAACCCAAGGUGGACAAAAGGGUUGCACCCAUCACCCCCGUGAUGGUAGAAGAUGCUUUGCUGGAUGUUGAACACCUCAAUCAGUUGAACGGUUUAUAUGACAGCGGCUCCAAUGGCUUCCACUGCACGGCCACGGAGUUUGAAGCACCAGAGCAUGGAGCCAGCCUUCUGGAGGGGGUGAACAAGAUGCGCCAGGAGCGCUUCCUCUGCGAUCUCACCAUUGCUACCAAAACAAAGUCCUUCGAGGUGCACAAACUCAUCCUGGCUUCCUGCAGCAUGUACUUUCGCAGCCUGCUGCAGAGAGACCCUCAGCUGCACCGAGUGGAGGUCCACAACAUCUCUCCGCUCGGUUUGACCACCAUCAUCACAUACGCUUACACAGGGAAGCUGAGCCUCUCGCUGUACACCAUCGGCAGCACCAUCGCUGCAGCCACCCAGCUGCAGGUGCCAGCGCUGCUGAGUAUGUGCAGUGACUUCCUCAUUCGGGAGAUGGAUGUGGAGAACUGUGUGUAUAUUGCCAACAUCUCAGCCACCUACAGCCUCAACCAGGUGAAGGACGCCACCCAGAAAUUCAUCCGGGAAAACUUCCUGGAAUUCUCCAAAACUGACCAAUUCAUGAAACUCCCCUUUGAUCAGAUCAAUGAGCUGCUGAUGGAUGAUGGCCUGCAGAUUCCCAGUGAGGUUACAGCAUUCCAGAUAGCUGUGAAAUGGCUGGAGUUUGACCCGAAACGUGUUCGGUACGCCGCUGACCUCCUAAGCAACAUUCGAUUUGGCACAAUCUCAGCUCCAGACUUGGUCAACCAUGUGCAACCUGUGCCACGCAUGAUGCAAGAUCCGCAGUGCCACAAGCUCCUUGUGGAUGCCAUGAACUACCAUUUGCUUCCCUACCAGCAAAACACACUUCAAUCUAGGAGAACCAGGAUACGAGGAGGGCAGAGGGUGCUUGUCACAGUUGGGGGCCGUCCAGCUUUGACCGAGAGAGCUCUUAGCAGGGAAAUUAGUUACAGGGAUGCAGAGGGAAACUGGAACAAGCUUACAGAGAUGCCAGCAAAAAGUUUUAACCAGUGUGUGGUGGUGAUGGAUGGGUUCAUCUACAUUGCAGGUGGGGAAGACCAAAAUGAUGCCAGGAACCAGGCCAAGCAUGCUGUCAGCAGUCUGAGCAGGUAUGAUCCACGCUUCAACACCUGGUUGCACCUGGCCAGCAUGCAGCACAAGAGGACACACUUCAGCCUGAGCGCCUGUGACGGGCUCCUCUACGCUGUUGGGGGGCGCAAUGCCGAGGGCGUGCUGGCAUCCGUUGAGUGCUACGUCCCCACCACCAACAGCUGGCAGAGUAAGGCAAGCCUGGAGACACCCCGCUGCUGCCAUGCCACCGCUGUCAUCGACGGCAAACUCCUGGUCACUGGUGGCUACAUCAACUACGCCUACUCCCGCACGGUGUGCAGCUACGAGCCCAGCACUGACACCUGGAGGGAGCAGGCAAGGCUCAGCACGCCCCGCGGCUGGCACUGCGCCGCCACUGUGGCCAACCGGGCAUACGUGCUGGGUGGGAGCCAGCUGGGUCCCCAGGGUGAGCGGGUGGACGUGAUGUCUGUGGAAUGCUAUAGCCCAGCCACGGGGCAGUGGAGUUGCGUGGCGCCCCUACCCACAGGGGUCAGCACGGCUGGGGUGGCUCUGCUGGACGGGUGCUUGUGCCUGGUGGGGGGCUGGAACGAGAGCGGGAAGAGGUAUCAGAAGUGUGUGCAGUGCUACAACCCCGACCUCAACGAGUGGGCGGAGGCCGAGGACCUCCCCGAGGCCACCGUGGGUGUGUCAUGCUGCACCAUCAUCCUUGCACGCCCCCAGAGCCGCGAGUCCCGGGCCAGUUCCGUGGCCUCAGCCACGGCCAGCAUGUAAAGAGGCCUGGGUGCCACACGCCUUAGGCCAGCAGCUAGGAAAGAAGGCAGAGCUCAGGCCUUGCCCAUGACGUGCCGGGUGGCUGGAUGAGGUGGCAUGCUCAUGUUUGAAGUCCCUCCAAGGUCUCAAAUACUCUUCUUCCACCACAGCACAUUUGGAGCUGUAGGAAAGCUGCCUGCAUCUCUCCAUCCUGCAGCUUAAGCAAGGACUGUUCAGCAGGGCAGAUGUGGAAUCAAGCAGGAGAAACAACUUUUCUCAUCAGUCUGCAGUGCUAUAUCACAUUAUGGUUUAAAAAAAUGUAGUAAAACAAACUAGAGUAAUGCAGGAGGAAUUCUACUGUAGGAAUAGUAUCACAAGACACUUGCAAAAGAACAGUAGUAAUUGUAUUAGAUAUAAGAAAGUGACAGGUCUAGAAUAGAUCCUGUUGCUCUUCACAGAACAAGUGUUUGUUCAAGGGAAACAUUUAUUACUUACUCAUUGAAGCUAGACACAUUCAGACCAGGAAUAAAGUGAAUCUUUAUACCAGGGAAGAUAAUCAAUCAUUGAAACAACUUACUAAGAUGUCUAAGAGCUCUGCUACAGCUCAAGCAGAGAGCAUCAGGAAGUGCCAGGGGAUGUAAAACUCCAGGUGAUUCAAGAGGCGAAUAGUACCCUGAAAUGAAAUACCAACUAAAUCAGUGGUCAGUAGGUCUUCACAUCUUAAGCAGGAGCCAUCUUAGAUAUAUUAUUAGCAGACCUAUUACUUGUACCAUCAUGCUGACAGCUUGGUCUUGAACUCGAUCACUGUUUACCUAUUAUUAUAAAAUCAGGGUCUGGCCUAAGACAGACCUCUAAAAGGAGAAAUGCCUACGAAGAGGCCAUUGGAGUUUCCUGGGAAAAGUGUUUGCUCAGUGCCUCGAGACCCUCCCUGUCAGGGGUGCGUACAUGUACUAGAUUCGAGUGAGACAAGUUAUUGGUCUUAAUGGUUAAAAAGUGGCAGACCCAUUUUGGCACAGAAGCUCUGUGCUCUUCUCACCCCAAGGCUGUGCUGGGGCACGCUGGCCCUUCAGAGGACAGAGAGACUACAGGAACUCCCUUACAGGGCUGCAGAGGGGACUUAUGCUCUCAGUUGAAGUACACUGGGAUAAAUCAUGUCACAGUGAUCCAAAACUCUGCCCCAGCAGGUCUCAGAUACAGUCCAAGAGCUGUGAUAACCUUUGACAUGCAGGAGGCAAGAGAUUGGCAUUUUCCUGGCCCCAACCCAUGCUCAUCACAGAACAUCACACAAAAGUCACAUGCUGAGGCCAGAAUUCUUUGAUAAUGGGGGUCCUGUUACUGGCAAACAUUUGUAUGUGAUUCCAGACUGGCUUGUCACCUGUCUCAGUUCUUGGCUGCAACUCAGCUACACACUGCUGAGCAUCCAGGCAAAUAUUCCUGGUUGAUCUUUUUUGCCCAACAUAAUGAAAUCACAACCAGGAAGCCAUGGAGCCACUUAAAGGAACUGCAAUAUGCUGCAUGCCAGAGCAAUGCUAAGGCAAGAACUUCAGAGAAGCAGAUCAAAUUGCACUUACCUACCAGCUCUUCAGCUUCAGUGAUCUGAGUAAGCAGGUUGCCCAAGUUAUAACUCACAUAGGAGAGGUAUUAACCUUUCCCUGGGAAUUCACUAUUUCAAUUAGGAGUUCAUGCCAAGAAGCAUAGGCUACAAAAGGCAGUAGGGCCACACAGAUACAUUUCUGUUCAACAAGUUUACUUUUCUUUAUGCAUUUUUUGUAUGAACAGAACAUGCUGCACUACCUUUUUUGGAAAGGGCUCCAUCCUGAACAAUGCUGGCAGCCUCUUCUGGUUUACAAUUCAAAACAGGCUUUCCUUAAUGGAGUUACAACACUUGAAAUGUUGUAAUCUUUGAGACAACACUAUACUAGUCACUGGUGUUAAGAGUGUAUGUGCACAGUUGAACGAAAGUGAGCUUGUCCCUCAUUCCUUGAUUUUAUUAUUAUUAUUACUGUAUUUUUUUACUGUAUACAUGCAUAAGAGGACAAAAUGCUAGAACAGACACAAGGAUGUUGCUGAACUCCACUUGAGAGUUAUGUUGUCCUGCAGGGAAUUUUUUCUUCUGAACAGUAAAAGCCACUCCUUUGCA